AACUCUGACCAUAUACAAUCGCUCUAUGUAGCUAGUCGGUCGGCGACUCGGCGGGCUUUUCUUUAAUUUCCUGUCUUCACUCUUCAGCAGAACCGCGAGGGAGAACUGAGAAGACCUAAAAGCUAAAACCCUAAAUCCCUGACUAGUGAACUCUUCAGUGUCCUUUUUCAUACCCUCCUUUUUUCUACCAUCUUUCAGAGGAUCUAUAGAAAAUUUCAGGGAACUCUCAGUUGGACGCUUUUUCUUAGUUUGAUUCAAGAUGAGCCGGCCCAUGGAUGAGGAUACAAACCAGGGUGGCAAGAACGAGGAAGAGGAAUUUAACACAGGUCCACUUUCUGUUCUGAUGAUGAGUGUGAAAAAUAAUACUCAGGUACUCAUUAAUUGUCGGAACAACAAGAAGCUUCUUGGCCGUGUUAGAGCCUUUGACCGGCAUUGCAAUAUGGUUCUUGAAAAUGUCAGGGAGAUGUGGACCGAGGUGCCCAAGACAGGAAAAGGCAAGAAAAAAGCCCAGCCAGUUAACAAGGAUCGAUUCAUCAGCAAGAUGUUUCUCCGUGGAGACUCGGUGAUCAUAGUUCUCAGGAAUCCCAAGUGAGAGUUGAAGAUCAUCACGUCUGCAAGGUCUCUUCCGUUCAUGGUAUCCGCUACACCGAGACUUGAUGCUUUUCCCUUCGCUAAGUUGAAAUAUAAGCCCUUAGAAUUUGUCCACCACUGACUUCUGAAUAGUGAGGGUUGAUGUAAAGCUUUGCUUAUCUAGCUGGUGGUCCACACGUUUUGAUCAAAUCUAGAAAAGAAUAGUCUACGUCCUAUGUUUAUUUGUUUUCUUUUUUAUUAUGGUGACACCACUUAGCUACCUGGAUGGUUUAUUGACAACUAAUAUGACAAGAGAAGCGUAGUUUGCCAUUUAUUUGUGUAAGAAUCCUCAGAUCUCUGCCUAGAUAAAAUCUAUGGCCAAAGAGAUGCUUAAAACCAAGGGAAAAAUGAGUGUAAUUUAAUUCUUCAUUUGCUAGUGGGGAGCUCUGAUAUGCUAUUGUGUGGUUAUUAUU